AUGUCAAAUAAUAACCAGCCCAUUAACCGCUACGAGUUAGUUGAAAAUGAGGAGGCUUAUUGCCUUAUUCCCACCGGUUCAGAAUACGGUUCUAAUACAAAAAAGGGUGUAAAAAAUGAUAAAGGAAAUAAUAUAGUCUACAAAAAUAUUCCAAUUGUACAAGAACAUUCAAAUGAUUUAUUCUUCCAAGAUAGUGAUAGUGAUACCGACAAGCAAAACAUUGUCAAAUUAAACCCAUUUGCUGAUCCAACCGUAGCUGAAUAUUACAGGAAAAUAUAUAAAAAUGCGGAUUAUGAAGGCCUGCUACACUUUGAACCCGAGUUUAAUUGGUCCAAAAACGAAGAAGAUGUUCUGUUGAAAAAGUUAAAUCAUAGGGUGGCCCUUGUUGCGUGUUUUUUGUUUGCUGCUCUACAAAUUGAUAGAGGAAAUUUAAAACAAGCUAUUUCUGAUAACUUAUUAGAAGAUUUGGGUAUGAAUACCAAUGAUUAUAACCAUGCAAAUACCAUCUUCUUAUUAUGUUUUUUGCUGGCUGAAAUUCCAUCACAGUUGUUAUCCAAAAAAAUCGGGCCUGAAAUUUGGAUUCCCAUACAGAUGAUAUUGUGGAGUUUUGUUUCUGUGUGUCAAGCUACUAUCCAUAGCAAAAGAGGAUUUCUAAUUACUAGAGCUCUGAUAGGCUCAUUAGAAGGUGGGUUUGUUUCAGAUUUAAUUCUAUGGCUAAGUUACUUUUUCACAGCCAAAGAGUUGACAGUUAGAUUAUCGUGGUUUUGGGCCACCUUAUCAGUAGUCCAAAUAAGUACAGCUUUUUUAGCCUUUGGUAUUUUAAGAAUGCGAGGCAUUUGGGGAUUAGAGGGUUGGAAAUGGUUAUUUAUUAUCGAAGGUAUCAUGUCCGGUUUCAUUGGCAUUAUUUCUUUCCAAUUAAUGGUUCCAUCUGCUGUUCAAACAAAAAGUUGGUUGGAACCGAAUGGCUGGUUUACUGAGAGGGAAGAAAAAAUCAUAGUCAAUAGGCUACUAAGAGAUGACCCCAGCAAGGGUGACAUAAAUAAUAAACAACCUUUGAGUUUAAAAGACAUCUGGCAAGUUUUAAUUGACUAUGAUCUGUGGCCAAUUUAUAUUAUUGGGCUAAUGGCCUACAUUCCAAUUGAUACCUUUGACCCAUAUUUCACGUUAACUUUACAAAACUUGGGCUUUUCUAAAUUUAAUAUUCAAUUGUUGACAAUUCCAGCAAAUGUUUUACAUAUAAUAUUUUUGUUGAUAAUUACGUCCGUAAGCGAAAAAUUUAAUGAAGUUAGCAUGAUUUGUUUGUUCGCUCCUAUAUAUACAACAAUUGUUCUUGGGAUAAUAAGAUGGUGGCCAGGUAGUAUGAUUCAGAUCUGGCCUUCGUAUAUCUUAUGUGUACUAUUUGUUGGACAACCUUAUAUUCAUGCUAUUUGUGUCUCUUGGGUAUCCAGAAAUUCCAAUUCCAUAAAAACAAGGGCCAUAUCUGCUGCCUUGUAUAACAUGUUUGUCCAAUUAGCAAAUAUUGUUGCAACUAAUAUAUACAGAGACGAUGAUAAACCAAAAUACAAUAGAGGAAAUUAUCAAUUAUUUCAUAUUUCAUGGCUAUUAAUUCCAAUAUUAUUACUAACUAAGGCAUAUUAUAUUUUCAGAAACAAACAAAAAGGUAAAAGUUGGAAUGCAAUGACACCAGAGCAAAGGGAAGAUUAUAUUUAUAACAGUACAGAUAUAGGUUGUAAACGCUUAGAUUUUAGAUUUAUUCAUUAA